GAAAACAGGUUUUAAUUAGUAACUACUGACAGUAGGAGAAAGAGCUCAGCUCCGUUCCAGUUUGUGAGAAAUGAUUCGGAUGUUUUAAAGGGAGACUAGGAAGGGAGAGCAGAGCAGGGACUCCGCAGGGCCAGAGAAGAAUUACAAAGGAUUGGUCCGCGCAAAUGCAGUACCAGCCAGCCGUGUUUGCUGCUAGCAGUUAUCGAAGUUAGGAUUCUGUCCUACCCUGGAUACUGGGACAGAGGCCCCGUCCUUCCCGAUGACUACAUUCCAAAGGAGUGGCCCUUAGGUCCUUGAGAGCAACACUUCUGAGCAGCAAGAGAUACAUAUUCACAACUCCACUUCACACUGUCACCCGCCAGCCAGGCACCGCAACUCCGUACCUCGCCACGACCUCACACACGUUCUGUCCUGAAUCCUCCCCACUGCCGUCUCGUCCUGACCUUCUUCUGACGUUUGGAGUCAGUCCGGUGUCGAGUGCCAUCACUAGCCUGAGACGCUGCCGUGUUAUACUGCCAUGGACAGCAACCAUCAAAGUAAUUACAAACUGAAUAAAACUGAGAAGAAGUUCUUAAGGAAACAGAUUAAAGCCAGGCAUACUUUGCUGAGACAUGAAGGCAUUGAGACAGUAUCGUAUGCCACCCAGAGCCUGGUUGUGGCCAAUGGUGGAUUGGGUAAUGGUGUGAGUAGGAACCAGCUGCUCCCAGUGUUAGAGACGUGUGGACCAGUAGAUGCUCUCUUAAUGCCUCCUAACAAGCCCUACUCAUUCGUGAGCUACAAAACUGCAGAAGAAUCCAAGAAAGCCUACGCCACCCUCAACGGAAAAGAAAUAGUGGAUGAUUUAGGACAAAAGAUCAUUCUGUACUUCAAUUUUGUGGAAAAAGCACAAUGGAAAGAGUUGGGGCUUCAGGCCUUACCUCCAGGCCUCAUGGUCGUAGAAGAAAUUAUUUCUUCUGAGGAUGAGAAAAUGCUUUUGGAAAGUAUUAACUGGACAGAAGAUACAGGCAAUCAAAAUGUUCAAAAAUCUUUAAAGCACAGAAGAGUAAAGCACUUUGGUUAUGAAUUCCACUAUGAAAACAACAAUGUGGAUAGAGGCAAGCCAUUACCGGGGGGUCUUCCUGACAUUUGUGAUGGCAUUUUGGAGAAAUGGUUGAAAGAAGGUUACAUUAAACACAAACCCGAUCAGUUGACUGUAAACCAGUAUGAACCUGGACAUGGAAUUCCUGCUCAUAUUGACACACAUUCUGCUUUUGAGGAUGAGAUUGUUUCUCUCAGUCUGGGGUCAGAGGUUGUCAUGGACUUUAAGCACCCAGACGGCAUCACGGUGCCCGUUAUGUUGCCUCGUCGGAGUUUGCUGGUGAUGACCGGAGAAUCUAGAUACCUCUGGACACAUGGAAUCACACCCAGAAAAUUUGAUACUGUUCAAGCAUCCAAGGGUCACAAAAGUGGAAUUAUCACCAGUGAUGUUGGAGACUUAACUUUAAGCAAGAGGGGAAUAAGGACAUCAUUUACAUUUAGGAAAGUGAGGCAAACACCUUGUAAUUGUAGUUACCCUUUGGUCUGUGACAGCCAGAUGAAGGCGACCCCCCCAUCAUUUCCAGAGAGCGAAAGAGAAGCCUCACAACUGGAGCAAGAGUAUGUCCACCGAGUCUAUGAGGAGAUUGCUGGGCACUUCAGCAGCACACGACAUACCCCUUGGCCGCAUGUGGUGGAGUUUUUGAAAGCUUUGCCCCGUGGUUCGUUAGUGGCUGAUGUUGGCUGUGGAAACGGAAAGUAUCUUGGCAUCAAUAAGGAGUUAUAUAUGAUCGGUUGUGAUCGGAGCCAGAGCCUCGUGGACAUCUGUCGAGAGCGGCACUUCCAGGCCUUCGUCUGCGACGCGCUGGCUGUGCCCAUCCGCGGCGGGGCCUGUGAUGCCUGCGUCUCCGUUGCUGUUAUUCACCAUUUUGCAACAGCGGAGCGCAGAGUAGCCGCUCUCCAAGAACUCGUUCGACUCCUGAGACCUGGCGGGAAGGCACUCGUUUAUGUCUGGGCAAUGGAACAAGAAUAUAAUAAGAAGAAAUCCAAGUAUCUUAGAGAAAACAGAAUGAGCCAGGGGAAGGAGGAGGAGGUCAGCAGCGAUACGCCAGGCCCAGAGUUGCUUGUGGAGCAAGUGCCUGACACAGGCCAUAAGGAGCCAGCAUGUCGAAUGCCCUCCAUCAGUGACUUCCAGGAGGGAGGGCGGAAUUCAAGGGAAGUUACGGAUUCCAAGCUCCCCGUUCACACUAAUAGGACUUCUUUUCAUUCUCAAGACGUACUGGUUCCCUGGCACCUUAAGGGCAACCCUGGGAAAGACAAACCUGCUGAGCCGUUUGGUCCGGGAGGAUCCCAUGACCCAAGUCCUGUGUUUCAUCGUUUCUACCACGUGUUCCGUGAGGGGGAGCUGGAAGCCGCCUGCCAGACUCUGAGUAACGUCCGCGUCCUGCGAAGCUACUACGAUCAGGGGAACUGGUGUGUGAUUCUUGAGAAGGUCUGACGUCUCUGAACAUACACACCGGAAAGAAAGGCUCAGCUUUAUUUUUUAAAGGACUCUAAAUUUACUGUCUUUUUAAAGAGAAAAUGUGUGGAAAAGAAUCAAAGAAAGGAGACCGCCUGAGAGAAAAUUGGAAGUAGAGAUUAGUUAGGACACAUUUGGGCUACUAGUAUGGCCAUUGUAUCCAUAAAUGUGGGAACGGUUCUCUUAAAUAGGGAGGCAUAGGGAUGGAUUUUAAAAGUGACUGAAGUAGUUUGUGAAGUUUUUGGGGUCCCAGGGUAAGAAUGCAGCAUUCUGAAGACAAAGUUUUGGUGUUAAGGUUACUCAGCGAACUAAAUCAUGUAGAAUCUUAGUGAUGCAAUCAUACAACAUUUUAAUAAAGAAGUAUUUCUGGACAGUAGAGAAUUGUCUGAAGACUUUGACUCUUAGCUCUGUAAAGUCACAGACGAUAACCUCUCCCCCCUCACCGUCCUAACGCAGGCUUGACACGUAGUAGGUGCUCAGUAGAAUUUCAGCCCAUCAGAUCGUUCAUCCCACAAAUACUUACAGAACCCCUACUAUGUAUUUAAGUACUGUGAGUGGAGCUGUGAACAAGAGUGAAAGCUCCUGCCCUCCUGGAACUUCCGUUGUGGAAGAAGGACAGCCGGUAUGCAAAUGAAAUUGAUCCAAUGUGCCAGGUAGCGAGAAGUGAAACAGGACUUGGCGGUUUUCCCCGGGAACAGAGGAUCGUUUCCAAAGGGCUGCGGUAACCACGAAUCCUGACUGUAGUUGGUUACCGAGAAUUAGUUGGUAUUCCUGAUGUAUUGACCAGGUGUUAAAGGCAACCCCAGUGGGCUCUUACAACUCCUUUGUUUAAGUAGCAAAAGUUAGAAUGGUCAGUCAGACUUAAUUAUGCCCUUACAGCCACAGCUGUAGUGUCACUACCGGGUGUCUCCAGUUCCUUCAUGGUUUGUACCAGUCUGGGCGCAGUCAGCAGUUUUUACCUCCAAAUACUUCACACUCAGUCAACUUACCACUCAGGUCAAGUUUCCAGGAAGAACAAAGGUAGAAAGUCAACCGUAGCUCAAAUGAUCACGCAAAAGGAAAGUACUUUUUAAAACAUGCAUUGCUUUUAUAGCAGUUACGCUUAAGACUACUUCAAGAAAAAUUGCUUCCUGUGAAUGAUGACGCCCAGACAAUUGUGUCUGUUGUUAUUGUUGAGAUGUUUAUUUUCCAGCGUCAAGCUUUCUGAAACUGGCCGUGAUGAAUAGGUCUCGGAUGAGACGACGAUUGUUUUUGUCAUGGAAUCUUCACUGCAAGAUUAUAACUGUUCCCUCCAGAUGAAUGUAUAAGGUUCAUGAUAUGAAAAGACAAAUUAUGGGGCUAAAAAAAAGCAGUUUUAUUCUGACAGAAAUUCUAGAACUUCACAUUGCAAUGUGAAGCUCAGCUCCUGCUAAUAAGUUUUAAAAUCUAGAUGAAAUGGGCGAUUUUCAAGGAGGAUGCAAAUACCUGAACUCAAGAAGAGGCAGAAAAUGGAAGGUGUUGAAAAAGCCGCAUAGGAAUUCAGAACUUGGCUCUUGAUUCAGCCUGGAAAUUGAAUUCUCGAUCUGCCAUUAGUUUUAGCCGGAGACUCUGGACAAACUCCCUCCCUUCUCUGUGCUCCAGUUUUCUCAGCUGUAGUGCUGGAGGAGUUGUUCUGCAAUUAGCUGGGAUAACAGCUCUCAGAGCAGUGCAAGAAUAGAGUGUGUGUGUGUGAAACAUGUUUAUUAUCAUUAGUCCCAGAGAAAGCCCUCAAGAGUUUCAGGAAUUGAAUGACAUCAAAUCUAAUUUGUUAAUUGUGUAUUAAAAACCUAUGGUUUUACUGA